ACAUCAACAAAACUCCCUCUCUCUCUCUCUUUCUCUAACUCUUUGCUCUCUAAUGAAGACGAUGCGAGGUUUACGAGACUGCUCAAACGACGCCGUAACACUAGACCUGACGGUUCUUCCUCCUCCUCCAGCACCACCAACAGUCUCCUCCUCCACCGCCUCGACGAGCCUUUCGUUCGAUGAAGAGGAGACAUCAGAGUCAAAGAUUGGACGGUUGCUAUCAGAGCAUCCAGUCAUCAUAUUCACUCGAUCUUCCUCAUGUUGCAUGUGCCACGUCAUGAAGAAGCUUCUAUCGACCGUCGGAGUUCACCCAACAGUGAUCGAGAUCGACGACGGUGAAAUUGCUUACCUCGCCGUUGAAGCCGCUCCGGUGCUUUUCAUCGGUGGUGCUUGUGUCGGUGGCUUCGAGUCACUUGUAGCACUUCACCUAAGUGGUCAGCUUAUUCCUAGACUCGUUGAGGUUGGAGCCUUAUGGGCAUAAUUGUAAUUUUCUGUAUUUUUUUUCUUCUUUCCAAGUUAGCCUAAAUAUAACCUAAUUAAGAAAAUCUGAUAAUAAUAUCCAUUGUGAAAA